AUGGCAGCUUCAUUAAGAUCAGUUUCAAGAUUAUUGAAUGGUGGUUUAAAUAUCAUCUCUAAAAAUAACAAUAGCAAACUUGUACUUAAUACAGUAUGCAUAAACAACAACAGCAGCAUCAUUAGCAGCAUAAAAUCAACAUCAACACCAUCAUUAUAUAGAUUGUAUUCUAGCGACUCUAACAAGCCCAAACAUAACGAUCAUCACGGUGAUCACCACCACGGCGCUGUUGACCCAAAGGACCCAUUCUCUGGUGACGGUGUCUAUGAUGAUCAUCAUCACGAAGUAGAUGAAACUCAACCAUCCGAAUGGUUGUUGGAAAACCCAGAUACCAAUAUUCUUAGAUACGAUCACCCAGGUUUCCCAUACUCAAAGUUGAGAGACGAAACAUUACCAGUCUUUACACUCGAAGUUAUCGCUAAACACAACAAGAGAGACGAUUGUUGGUUACUUAUCAACGGAAAGGUAUAUAACGUUUCAUCCUUUAUUGAAGAGCACCCAGGAGGUGAUAUCAUUUUGGCUGGAGCUGGAAAGGAUUGCACAACCAUGUUUGAAUUAUCGGGUAUGGGAUCAGAUGUCUAUCUCCAAAUGAAGGACUAUCACAUUGGAUACUGUGAUCAUAUUAGAAGAUACGAUGGUUUCACCAAAUCAAAUAGAACAGGAACUCACUAUUUGAACAACUUUGAAGUUUAA